AUGAUAUCGUUCUCGGAAGUUUGCUCGAACAGUAGCCUCCAGGAUCGAAAAGACUUGAUAAAUAAAGACGAUUGUGGUUCGUGUCGUUGAUAAGUGUCAUUGUACCAGCUUCGAGGCGUUCAUUUUGCGGUCGUUCUUCCGGAAGUUUCCGGAAGACACGCGCGGUCCGCGUCUAUUUCUGUGACACGAUCGUAAAUUUCGAUAAUUUACAAACAAUAACCUAUUAUCGAUCCAAGUGAAAUCGCCAUUAAUUAGCUGCUCAACUGUCAUUUCUAACACUUUUCUAAGGCAAUGAUCAGUUUUUCUAUUUUAUUUCUUUUUUUCAUUGAAGGAUAUGCCAAUGAAUAAUGUAUACACUUAAUAUGCAGUAUGAAAUGAUAGCGUGCAACAUAAUUAAUGAUCUUGAAAAUAAUAUUAAUUGAUAUUGGGAAAAAGACAGAAUUAUUGCAAAUUUUUUUAUUAAGGGAAUAAAAUUAUUAUUCAGUUUGUAUUUGUGGAAAGAAAUGAUUAUCAUCUGACAUGGAAGAUAAAUAAUUUUGUUAAAAUAAUAUUUUUAUCUCAAAGUAGAAUUUCCCUGUAUAAAACAAAUUUUUCUUCUUUCAGUUACUGUUAAAAGUGGCUCCGAGCAAAGAUCUGAGAGCGAAGCACAAGCCGAUGCUGCGUCGUCUCCAUCCAGUGUAAGUUGAAAAUCUAUUUUUAAUCAAAUUAUACUUUAUGUACCUAAUUUUUUUUUUUUCUGUCAAAAUUUCCGAGAGCAGAUUGUGUGUUUUUUUUUAAAUGAUCUACCUUCCAUAUAUUUUGCAGUUAAAAACAGAUUGAAUGUUUAAUAAGAUUUGGAAACAUUAGCAAUUUCUUAAAUCUUUUUUAUUUGAUAUAAUCAUUAAUUAUGAACUUCAGAAUUAACAACAUUUAACAAUUUCCUUAUCUUUAUAUUCCAUUCUAUAUUUACUAUUGUUCUAUUACAUUCGGUAUGAUUUAUUAAUACUUUAUUAUAUAUAGCGCUAUUAUAAAAUCAUGAGAGCCAACCGGAUCUAACAGUUUGCCGAUUUUUCAACCGAUUUUUCAACCGAUUUUUUCAACCGAUUUUUCAACCGAUUUUCCAACCGAUUUUUCAAUCCGCAGGUUGAAUUGCCAGAAAGCGCGCACUCGUGCCCAGCCUGUUCGGCCGUGUUGCCCACCUCUGGGGACUUGACGAACCACAUACAUGGCCACAACUCGUCCCGCAGCACCGACUGCAGCGGCGAGGAUGAGUACUGCUGCAACAUGUGCAACAGGGUGUUCAGCUCUUCCAGUUCCCUCAACAGGCACUUGUCGAUGCACACAGGUGCCCGGCCGUACAAGUGCAAGUACUGCGAAAUGGCGUUCACCACGAACGGGAACAUGAACAGGCACCUGAAAACGGCGCACAGGGGCGCGUCGCCUCACAGCUGCACAGAUUCGGAGGCUAGUACCAGCGGCAGUAACAGCAGCGACUCGGAGAAAUCCAAGAGGCGACAUCUCGAGGAGUACAACAACAACGAAAUCACGAAAAGGAACUCGCCGGAUUACGUCGAGGGGCAAAUGGUGGCGGUAGAGGUAGAGGAAGAGGAGGAGGAGGAGGAGGAGGAGCCGUUGUCUUUACCCGCGAAGCGCAAGUGUACGUACUCGAGCGACAACGAGACGCAGAAGAGGCACAAGAUCCUUUUGAACAGCUCGAGGACGGAAAUGAAGCCGAGACCGGAUGACAGUCAGAACAUCUGCACUUGUCCGGUGUGCGGCAGACAGGACUUUGGCAGUAGCGCCCUCUUGGAAGCGCAUCUGGAACGAAACCAUCCGGAGUUCCCCGCGAAAUGCGACAGUUGCAACCUGUCGUUCAAAAACCACCGGGUGUUGAAUCUGCAUCGGUUCAUGAUACACUUCGCGGAACACCCGGUGGGGAAUACGACGAGGAACCUGCGAAACUCCGUGGUCGGUUUCAACGAUUUGACGUUCGUCGACUUCUCGUCGGGCAAAUUCCCAGCGAUAGCCAGAGCCGUCUGCGAGCAGUCGCUUCACCGGCCGGCUUCCGGCGAGGUGGCUAAGUUCCAAUGCUCCAAGUGUCUGCGAGCGUUCCCUUGCAGAUCGGCGUUGGACGCCCACGAGAGCGACUGCGGCACCACGAACUCUCGGAGCAGAACGAACGACGGCCAGUCGAGAAGGGACGACUUCUUCGCCGGCCUGGACCUGCAGAACAAGGCCGCUCUGACGGAGGCCAAAGAAGGGAAAGACCUCGCCGACAUACAGAGCAUCAUAUCCGUCACUUCUGGCCCGAUAUUGCAAAAUUUCCCACGGUCAGACGCGAGCACGCCCGACAACGUGAAGUUCAAUCCGGGCGCGAGUUCUUCUGGCUCGUCUGGCACAUACUCCUCGGAGUACCACGAGGAAGAGGCGCAGGAUGCGUUCGCCGCGGAGUUCAGAAGGAUGAAAUUGAAGGGGGAGUUCCCUUGCAGACUCUGUUCCGCGAUAUUCCCGAACCUGAGGGCUUUGAAGGGCCACAACAGAGCGCACAUGGGCGUGGGACCAGGCAUGCCUUACCCGUGCAACAUGUGCCCUUACACCAGCACCGACAAGGCAACGUUGGUGAGGCACUUGAGGUCCCACAACGGCGACAGACCGUACGAAUGCUCCCUUUGCAACUACGCGUUCACGACCAAGGCGAAUUGCGAACGCCACGUGCGCAACCGCCACGGGAAAUUGACCCGCGAGGACAUCAAGAGCGUCCUCAUAUACCACCCGAACGAGGACUCGACGAACGAGAACGUGGGACGAACCUCGCCGAGAGUCAUGAAGGACGAAGUGAGGAAAAGCUUGGUUUUCUCAGCCGAACGAAGCGAGCUUCAUCACCAGGCGCAGGUGCACUAUCCUCCACCAGUCAGGGGAGAAAUCAGAAUAAUAGAGGAAGCGAAACUGCACAACGCUACGAUCGGAGCACACCAUGGUGCGAACCACUGCGACAAGAGCGAGGCAUUCUCGAGGCUCGGCCCGCCUAUGGCCGAGAUGAUCCAUCGCGGCGACGAUGGAAAGCCCGGCCAGGAUGCCAAGUCGGACUACUCUACGAAGUUAGAUGACGACUUAGAAUCGAGAUCGUCCGAAGGUAGCGUGUCUCUAGUCACCGAAACGAAGUCAGAACCGCACCAAAGAGUACAAUCUAGUCCAAUGAAUUUGAAGAAAAUUCUGAACCUGUCUGAGACCUCCGGCGAGGACGGGCCGCUGGACCUGUCCAUGGACGUGCUGGAUCUCAGCAAGAAGUCGAGGAACAAGAACGAGAACGACUUCGCUGCGUCGCACGAGCAGCAGUACGGUAAAAACCAGAAGGAACUGUACAACGCUGCCAGCCACUUGUUCCUGACGGAGGCGUUCUUAAAGGCUGGCCAGAGUAGCUCUCAGCCGACCUCCCUCGAAGCCCUGUACGCCAACGCCAUUUACAGAAACUUCGGCACGUAUCCAACCGGCGUUGGCGCUGGCAUUUUGCCGCCGUAUAUGUUCAAUCCUCACAUAUUCGGCCAGGACUUCGCCAUGAAGGACAGGUUGGAGAAAGACUUGGUCAGAGGUCUGCAACUGACCAGCGGAGGCACUUUGGUGGAACCGUCGACCAGCAGCGCAGGGUUCAGCGCAUAUUCCCAGAACAGAGACAUGAAUCCUCAGUCAGCCGACGCUCAGAGCGAGUACGCGAAGCUGAUAUCUUCCAAGAUGGUAACGAGUAAGGGCGUGACGAGCCGCGACAAGCCGGACAACAUGUCGUCGUCCAACUCGGUGAAAAUGGUGAUCAAGAACGGGGUGCUGAUGCCUAAGCAGAAGCAACGAAGGUACAGGACCGAGAGGCCUUUCUCUUGUGAGCAUUGCUCGGCGAGGUUCACGUUGAGGAGCAACAUGGAGAGACAUAUUAAACAGCAGCAUCCUCAACAUUGGAGCCAAAGACCGAGGGGCGGUCACUCAACGAGAGGAAGACCUCCUACCAAUCACCCUACGUUGCUGCAGAACCUUGGACAGCCGGCACCUCAGGUUCCUCAAUCGUACGUGAACAUUCUGCCAAAAAGCGAAGAACCGGCAGAAUUAACAAGACACUCCAUUUCAGACCAGGUAAAAUACGCGAUCCUGACGCAGAAACUCAGGGCGAACAAGAUCGAGGACAACGACUCUGAGGAAGAGUUAGUGAUAGACGAAGGUCCACAAGAGAAAGAGUGUCAAGAAUCUCAGGACCAGAAGGAGAAGAGCCUGUUGAGGGGGCAGUUGGAGGGAGGAGAAUCCGCGAAGGACGCUGCGGCGAAGGAGUCGUCGAGUCGAACCGACUCGAACGAGACUGAGCCCGAGAAAGAAGCGGACACGAAGGAAGAGACGACGAAUAUGGAGGGCCCUGCUGAACCCGACGAAAGAUCAGCUGACAAGGCGGAUCCUGGCAAAGCGUACAGAACGGGACCGGUCGAGGUGAAGAGCGAGAAAACGGAAGACGAAAACACCGACCUGGCUAGCGUCUCGGAAUUAUUGGACAACGCGUGCCAACAGUAUCAGGAGUUUCAGCCGCAAUAUCUGAGCGACGAGGAAGGGCUGGUGGCGUCGAACAGCGAAUGCCAUAAUUCGGGCAGCGACGAGAAGUCCGACUCGGUGAACUCGGCGAACUCGACGACCGCUUCGUCGAAGAAAAAAAAAAAAAAAAAGAAAAAGAAAUCCGCGUAUUCGAUGGCGCCGAACAAAGUGAUCUGCCCGUACUGUCAACGACCGUUUCCUUGGACGUCGUCCCUGAGGAGACAUAUUCUCACCCACACGGGACAGAAGCCCUACCAAUGCACUCAUUGCUCGCUUCUGUUCACGACCAAGUCGAACUGCGACCGUCACCUGCUGAGGAAGCACAAGACAAACCCUAACAAAGUCCACAGAGCGAGAAACUCCUCUUCUCCGGAUUCCCAGCCAACGAUCAAUAGCAACAACUCGUUCUCCACGAGGAACGUGCCGGAAAGGCCGUACAAGUGCAAUCAGUGUCCCAGCUCGACGUUCUCGACGUUGGGCAACCUGAAGAAACACCGUUCGACCAAGCAUGCUCGGAAAUUGAAGUCGCGGUCGGACACACCGUCCAGCGAACCUCAGAACAGUCCUCCGGAAUGUCCGAAGCAGAACAACGAGCAAACGGACUACGACAGCCAGUCUUCGAGCGUGUCCGAGGGCGUAGAGCCAUCCUCCGUAACGGCGAUUCCCAAGUCGAACUCCAACACGUCCUCGACCAACGACACGGCCAGGUCGAGAAGAUCCUCGCCGCGAACGUCGCCCGGACCUAGCGACGUGCCGUUCAAAUGCCACCUAUGCGACUGCGGCUUCGCGGAACGCCAAGAUUGCCUGGAACAUAUUAAGGCGAAUCACAAAAGGUCGUACGAGAUGCUAGUGGCGAAAGGAGCGUUGGACAUGGACAUCGACGCGAUGGAAGAGCAACAACAACCACCGCCGCAACACCAGACCAGCGACGGUGAAGAGAAACGAGGACGUUUCCCGGACUACAGCAACAGGAAGGUGGUCUGCGCUUUCUGCAUGAGGCGGUUCUGGUCCGCGGAGGAUCUCCGACGUCACAUGAGGACGCACACCGGCGAACGGCCGUUCUCCUGCGACAUUUGCUGUAGGAGAUUCACGCUGAAGCACAGCAUGUUGCGGCACAGGAAGAAGCACGAGUCCAUUGACUCGACGAUGUACGUCGGCACGAGUGGCGACGAGGAGAACUCACCGUCGCAACCAUCCACCAUGGUCGCAACGCAUGGUCAGCAACAACAGUUGCUGCUAACGACGAACAACGGAAAUCCUCACAUUCAGGAUAGAAUCGCGACUCACUUGCCGAGCGCCGCUCCAAUCGCAGCCAGCGACGCGGCACCGAGCGGAUUAAUCAGGUUCAAUCCAUACGAGAAAUUGACGACGUUAUCCGGGAAACUGGCCGGUAUCCCGCCAAAUGUGAACUCGGAGGUGGAGAGCACGGACAACGACUUGAUUUCAAACUUACUGGGGAUAGGAGACAAGAGUUUCAUCGACAAAGUACUGCAGGCAUCGCCCGACGAUGCUGCCAAAUUGUUGGGAGUAAAUCACAGCCACGAUACCACGCAAACUCUCCGCGUAUCUCUUUUUGUACAUAGAACCACGCGUACGUGCGAAACACGUAUUGUUUCUAGUAAGCUUACAGGGGUGAACCUUGCCAAUAUGAGAUCCUCAUGGAAACAAAAGGAUGACGAUUCUUACGUGCCACGAUCGAAAAAUUGGGAAGAAGAACGUCACGAUAAAUCGGGCCGAACCAAAAUCCAAAGAUGCAUUUUAGACAACGAAUUAACGGAGCUUUCCUCGCUACGAUAUGUGGAUAUGGGCUUUGGAUACUGUUUCGAGAAGCACCAGUUCUCUACUGGACACGAGAUUUUGAGGGGCGUAAAAAUGUUAGUUUCCGGUUUUUAUUUAUUAGUUUCGCAGAUACUAAGAAGGAAGGAAACUUUCGCAUAGAAAUUGCUCGAUAA